AUGGGCUCUCUCUUCACAUCCUUCACCGCUCACCUCCUCCUCUUAUCCUGCGCACUCCUCCCUCAACUCACCCACUCCGGCGGAUUUUACGUCAACUCCAUCCCCACAAACUUCACCGCCUCACACUUCCAAUUCAUCGACCACUCCGGCGUUUUCUUAGCCUCUCAAAAUGGCACUUUCAAAGCCUCCAUCACAAAUCAAAAGCCCGAAGACAAAUCUUUCUAUUUGGUUGUACUCCACUCACCCUCCGGCGUGUUUAUCUGGUCGGCGAAUCGGAAUUCCCCGAUCUCAAACUCCGGCAAAGUCCACCUCUCCGACAACGGUCUCACCAUCGUCGACGAUGCCGGAAAACUCAUCUGGUCAACGACGCCGCUCAGUUCCCCCGUCUCCUCCUUACAUCUUCAAGAGUCCGGCAAUUUAGUCCUGUUCGAUCAUUUCAAUAACUCUUUAUGGGAAAGUUUCGAUCACCCGACCGACACCAUAGUCACAGGACAACGCUUACGUGUUAAUCAAUCAUUGAUCAGCGCGGCUAACGAAACUGAUAUCUCCGAAGGUGAUUACAGAUUCAAAAUCAAUACAGUUAUCAAUGAUGCAGUGAUGGAGUGGAAUGGGCUUACAUACUGGCAGUUAUCAAUGGAUGGAAAGGCCAACAGGAAUUCAAAUCUUCCAGGGACCCACAUGGAGAUUACUAGUACUGGGUUGUAUUUACUUGGUGCCAAUGGAUCAUCAUCAAUGUUUGUGGUACAAGUCAAGCUCCAAAAUUCUUCGGGUUUAAGAAUGGUAAAGUUGGAACAGGGUGGAAGUUUAAGUAUCAAGAGUUCAAUGAGCAAUAGUUGGGAAAUAGAAUUCACUGGUCCAGUUGAUUCUUGUCGGAUUCCAUAUAUCUGUAAGAAGAUUGGGCUCUGUGGUAGCCGGACUUGUUCGUGUCCACCGGGUUUUCACAGUGACCCAAAGAUGGAUGGUGAUUGUACUCCUACUGAUAGUUCUCUCACAUUACCUUCUUCUUCUUCUUGUAAUGCAAGUGGUAAUGGCACUGAAAUGAACAAUGGGCUAGUUUCUUAUAUGAAACUUGGGAAUGGUAAGGACUAUUUCGCUAAUGAUUAUAUCAAGCCUGUGAAAGUUGGGGUGAGUUUAUCAGCUUGUGAAAGCUUAUGUUCUCAGAAUUGUUCUUGCUUGGGAAUUUUUCAUGGUAAUUCGUCUGGGUCGUGUUAUCUGCUUGAAAAUUAUUUGGGUUCGAUUAUCUCGAUCUCGACAACGCAAAAUGAUCGAAUUGGGUACAUCAAAGCUAUAGGUGUAUCUAAUUCAAUUGGUGAUGGGAAUGAUCAGAAAUCUACUAAUUUUCCUAUUGUGGGUUUGAUUCUUUUACCACCUUCUGUGGUCGUCUUCAUUUUUGUCUUCAUGGGAAUAAUUUGGUUGAGAAUAAGGAAAAAGUGGUCCAGAAAUGGAGGUAAAAAAUUAGGCCAUGGUAGGAGUUCUUCUUCAUCCACCGAGCUUGAAAUAAUUUUAAUCCCGGGUUUGCCUAUGAGAUUUGAUUAUGAAGAACUUGUGACUGCUACGGAUAAUUUUACAACCCAAAUCGGUACUGGUGGAUUUGGAACUGUAUUCAAGGGUACUCUACCAGACAACACCGAGGUGGCUGUGAAAAAGAUAACUUGUAUUGGGAAUCAAGGGAAGAAGGAGUUUUGCACUGAGAUAGCCAUCAUUGGGAAAAUUCACCAUGUCAAUUUGGUUACAUUGAAAGGCUUCUGUGCACAAGAGGGACAAAGAUUUCUAGUCUAUGAAUACAUGAAUAGAGGAUCGUUAGAUCGUAGUCUGUUUGGCAAUGGGGCUUUAUUAGAAUGGCGCGAGAGAUUAGAAAUAGCACUGGGAACAGCGCGUGGACUUGCUUACCUGCACAGUGGCUGCGAACACAAGAUCAUCCAUUGCGAUGUGAAGCCGGAAAACAUUCUCUUGCAUGGACAAUCACAGGUGAAAAUCUCGGAUUUUGGGCUUUCAAAGUUAUUGAGCCCAGAGGAAUCUGGAUUAUUUACAACCAUGAGAGGCACCAGAGGCUAUUUAGCACCAGAGUGGCUGACAAGUUCUGCCAUCUCCGACAAGACAGAUGUUUAUAGUUAUGGAAUGGUGUUGUUAGAAAUAGUGAGGGGCAAGAAGAACUGCUCUUUACAAACACAAAGCCACCGCUCAGAAGAUGAUCACAGCCAUAGGGGAAACAAUAGUUGUCAGGUUUAUUUCCCACUGUUUGCAUUGGAAAUGCACCAAGAGAGGAGGUAUUCUGAUCUCGCAGACCCAAGACUCGAGGGACAGGUCACAAAUGAUGAGGUGGAGAAGCUAGUGCGGGUGGCUCUAUGUUGUGUGCAUGAAGAGCCGAUGCUGAGGCCAACAAUGUCUAGUGUUGUUGGCAUGUUGGAAGGCGUGUUGCCCAUUGGCGAGCCUCGCGUGUUGCCCAUUGGCGAGCCUCGUGUUGAUUCGCUCAAGUUUUUACGGUUCUAUGGGCGGAGAUUUACGGAGGCAUCAACAAUAGAAGGGCACAACGAAGAAAACGAGCUUACGUUGGAACCACGAGUAGAUAUCGUUAUUGAUAGUUCUACGAGUGGCUCACACCACUCCUGUUCUUACAUUUCCUCACAACAAAUUUCUGGUCCAAGGUAGAGCUGGGAGGUUCAUGCUGGUGUGGAUAUUGUACAUUCUACUAACAUAUAAAAUUCAUU